AUGGUGCUGACAAUAAGGAAUGGGAGUGUGGAGGUGACCUUUGUCCUCUUGGGCUUCACCGAUUACCCCGAGCUUCAGAUCCCUCUCUUCCUGGUGUUUCUGUUCAUGUACAUCAUCACUGUGGUAGGGAAUCUUGGGAUGAUAGUGCUCAUCAAGGUCAACCCCAAGUUCCACACCCCCAUGUACUUCUUCCUCAGCCAUCUUUCCUUUGUUGACUUUUGCUACUCUACCAUCAUCACACCCAAGCUGCUUGAGAACUUGGUCCUGGCUGAUAAAAGCAUCCUCUACUUCAGCUGCAUGUUGCAGUACUUCCUGUCCUGUGUGGCUGUUGUGACGGAGUCCUACCUGCUGGCAGUGAUGGCCUAUGAUCGCUUUGUGGCCAUCUGUAAUCCCCUGCUGUACACAGUGGCCAUGUCACAGAGGCUGUGCAUCCUGCUAGUGACUGGAUCGUACCUCUGGGGCAUGUUUGGACCUUUGGUUCUCCUCUGCUAUGCUCUCCAGCUAAAGUUUUCAGGAUUCAAUAUAAUCAACCACUUUUUCUGUGAAUACACUGCUGUUAUUGCUGUCUCUAGCUCUAAUAUAUUUGUACCCCACAUGCUGCUGUUUGGCUUUGCUACCUUCAAUGAGGUAAGUACACUGCUGAUCAUCCUCACUUCUUAUGUGUUCAUUUUUGUGACAGUACUAAAAAUCAAAUCCGCCAGUGGGCGUCGCAAGGCCUUCUCCACAUGUGCAUCCCACCUGACAGCCAUCACCAUCUUCCAUGGGACCAUACUUUCCCUGUACUGUGUGCCUAACUCCAAAAAUUCUCGGCAAGUGGUCAAAGUAGCCUCUGUCUUCUACACCGUUGUCAAUCCCAUGCUGAACCCUCUCAUCUACAGCCUGAGGAACAAGGAUGUGAAGGAGGCUGUCUGGAAAUUAGUGGGCACAAAAGUCUCACUUGACUGA